AUGGCAGCCAUGCAAGUAGGUCGGUUGGAAGCCUCCGCUGCAUUGAACUUGCUUCAGAACAUCCCAGAGGAGAUUGUGGAGCGACUUACAACUAUGGUAAAGCCCUUCACGAUGAUCAAAUUUAUCAAUCACGACUGUUUGGCGCAUGGAUGGUUUAACAGGGACGAGCAGCUUGCCAAUUCCUCACAAGCGGCGUGGCGUGAUAUCUUGGUGAAUUCCACCGAUUCGCUCACGCUUUUGCGCGAGCGGUUGUCUGCAGACUUUCUCUCUAUCAACCAAAAGCUUCGCAAACCCUGGUCAAGUGCCACGGUGGAACCGUUGAGCAGGGUUUGCGCGCUCUUUGCAGCGAGCCGUCGGUUGUUUGUGGCCAAGUUCCCGAGUGACUUUGUUUCGGCGGAGAUAGGGAAGAUAGACAAAGCGUUUCAGUUGAAGCAUGCAGACUGUGAUCUCAUGGCAAUGAUGAGCGACUCUGUCCCCCCAAUCGACCUGGAGAGAGUGGGUGUGUUCCGCAGCGCGGUGAAGAAAUUCGAGCGCAAGGCCUUCCCUUGGCCGCUGUAG